CCGAAGUGGAGGCGAAGGCUGUGAUGCUAGUUGGCAAGGUUACUCCCGGUGAAGCGCAGUUGUGCGCGGACCAGGGACUUAACCGUAGGUUGAACAGAAUCUUCGACUAUCGUGGUCUGUCGUAUGAUGAGCAUCCAAAGAUUUCCGCUGUUCUGCAAAGCAAUGCGGGAGGCUCCCCAGCAGCGGAAGCGAGCGAAGAACCCGCCGCUUGCCCUCCGACGAAAAGGAAGCUUUCGGAACGAUCGCCAAAAACGGGCCGUACCAAAAAAGCUGUUGCACUCCGUAAAAAACCACACGAAGCCGCGCCUGAGUCUCACGCAGAAACGUCGCCGGAGGGCUCCGCUGCUUCGCGCGGUUUGACCCGUCGGGAGAGUUCCGAAGGAGCGCAGGUGGCCCAGGCGCCGAAAUCCCUGUUUUGCUCGCGCGUCGAUCUUCCAACAUUGAUUCUGAGCAACGACGAAGAAUUGACGGAGACGGGCGCAGCAUCCGAGCCCGGUGUUCCAGAGGAGCCUGUUGAAGAAGGUGGCGACGACGUAGAGGUGGCUGCACACUCGUCGCCCUCCUCAUCUUCGAGCUCAUCUUCCGAGAGCGAAGAUUCCACGCCGAGUGCGCCCUGCCGCAGGGGGAAGGGCUUGAUGGGUCUCGGCGGGCUUCUCGACGCGAAGGCCCUUGCGCCCGAGGCUUUGCGGCCCGCCGCCUUUGAGCCAAGUGUCAGGGAGGUCAGCGAUGCGAAGAAGAUUUUUGGUACCUUCGUUCUUCCUAAGGUCGAGAUCCCGCUUGCUCAGAAGUCUUCAAGCGAAUUGAUUGAUGCAUCCGAUGUGGCUAUAGCGAAGGUAUAUCGAAUAUUUUCUUAUAUUGACAGAAAGAAAACUUUGUAUUUUACUAACUUGUAAUUGACAUUUCAGGUUUUGCUUCUCUCUCGAGCUCAACGUAAGCAAGCAGAAAAGUCUGUAGCCCGUGCCCAAAGCGCUCAGGCCCAGAUUGACUUGCUACAAAAACGGGUGGAAAAAGCUGAGAGCCAGAAGCGCGAGAUGUCGCGGCGUGCGAAGGAUGCAGAGUUAUGAUUGGAGCGGCUUGAAACGGAGCUCGACGCCCUUCGCUCGGCGAAGGGGGUCGUUGACAGCGAAGUGAGUUGCCUUCGCCAGAAUCUGCAGUCUUCCGAAGCACAAGUUUGCGAAUUGCAAUCACUUUGUGCGUCGGAGAGAGAGAGAGAGCUGAGCGGCUGCAGAAUGAACUAAGCGAAGCGAAGGCUUACAAUGACGAUGCCCUUAAUGUCAUUGGGGAGCUUGAGCCGAAGGCGGUUACCGCCUGCGAAGCAAUCAGCCGUACCUUCGAAGGUAUAGGCGCCUCGGCGACUCCUCCAUCACUUGAACUCGUCGGACUGGGUGGGCUUAUCGGUUGGAUCGAUGAGACCAGCAGUAGCCUCCUUCCGGCUGCACAACUUUACGGCGACUUCUGCGCCAUGGUUGCCGCCCGGUGUCUCGUGCAAUCUGUGGAGAUGACGGGUUGCGACCAUCACACUGCUCUUCAACGACCUUCCUUCCAGUAUCCUUCGGAUCUGUCAACUUUUGCUGUUAUAAAAGCAUCGAAGAGCACUGCUCGAUAAUUCACCACCAAUUACUGGUGCAAGCAUGGCCGCGAGCUCGCUCUUCGAGAGGCCGAAUUGAACCGACAGAGGGCCAAGGCGAGGGAUGACACCUCGUCGAAACCAACUACUAUGGCAGCCGAAGAUACUGGGAAGGUGGGAUGAAUUGGCGCGAAGGGUCGUGUUUAUGCUUUUGUUUUUGUAAUUAGCGAUGUGACACACUGGUUGUGUAAUACAUUAUAUAUUCAUAUUGAAGUGUUAUUGACCUUUUUGCGCUCCCUGCGCAGGUCCUUGCUUCGGACACUGUGCAGGUAGCCGAAGAAGUUGUGCCUUUGACUAU